CCGAACGCCGUUCCUUAGAUCCCAGUCCACUGCUCAUCCCAACUCGUUUGUUGCCAGACACAAGACUUUAACGAUCAUUGCUCCUCUGCAUAAACACAAACAUUCACGACUCAGCGACAGAAACUAGCAGAUAUGAUUGGAUCCUUAACCUCACGCAUGCUUGCUAUGCUGGCAGUCUUGGCCACAAUCGUCUGUGUUUCCGCCUUUGAUCCCAUGACAGUCGAUAACAGCACAAAGUUGACUUGGUGUCAGAACCAGGUCGGGUUCUGCACAAACGUCUGUCAGGAAUUGACGAAGGGUGCCGAGGCCCUCGACAACCGAUGCGAUAUUAUGACCUUGCAGUACACCUGCCAAUGCCAGGGGGGCGUCAUUCCCAACACCACCGAAUACACCUACACGAUCCCUUACUUCAUGUGUGUCGCCGACGUCCAGCAUUGCAUCGGCGGCUGCCCGCUUUCCGAUAACGGCUGCUACGCAAACUGCAACCAACGCAGCUGUGCUGCCGAAUUCCCGAAGAAGUACAACCAGACUAUCGCCACCUCGAGUAUAUCAGCUUCAACGGCGACCAACGGACCCCAGGUUACGGGUGUGCUUCCCCCAGGCAUAUUUGGCAACGCUGCCAAUUCGAACAGAGGUGUCCAGACUUGGGCGGCCAUCGGCGGCUCCAGUGUCUUGGGACUGAUUGUCUUCCUGACCGCCGGAGUCUUGUUUGGUAACCAUGCUUAGAUCUGGAACAACUCGCGGAGGACAUAGAGUCGCAUAAUCAAGAUCCAAUUGCGAUGGCAUUUGCAUCUGCUUGGCUACAUUUAUCUUUUAAAUAAUAUCUCUCACAUAAGAUUUUCCGAGUUCAUCGAUUAUGGUUUGAAAAUGUGUAACAUUUCUUGUCGCGUCCAUAAAAAAUGG